AAGCGAACUCGCGAAGUAGUUCGUAGAGAAACGUUGAACAGAUCAGAUCGCUUUUUAAAAGAAAAGUGAAUUUUCUUUCCUACUCCUUGCAUUGUCGGUGGCAUCAUCGAAAAAUUCUUUCAUCAACUAGAAUUACGUGAACAACAAAAGAUUAUUGAGUCAUGGCCAAGACUCCAGCCGUCGGAAUCGACUUGGGAACGACAUACUCGUGCGUCGGAGUGUUCCAGCAUGGCAAGGUGGAUAUCAUUGCCAAUGAUCAGGGCAACCGCACCACGCCGUCUUACGUGGCCUUCACCGAUUCGGAACGACUAAUCGGCGAUGCCGCCAAGAACCAAGUGGCAAUGAAUCCAAAUAACACCAUUUUCGAUGCCAAACGUUUGAUUGGUCGCAAAUUCGAUGAUCCAACUGUGCAGGCCGAUAUGAAGCACUGGCCGUUCGAAGUCGUCAGCGAUAGUGGCAAGCCCAAGCUACAGGUAGAAUACAAGGGUGAGAAGAAGAACUUUUUCCCUGAGGAGAUCUCCUCGAUGGUUCUGGUCAAGAUGAAGGAAACCGCUGAAGCCUACCUGGGAACAAAGAUUGCCAACGCUGUCAUCACUGUGCCAGCUUACUUCAACGAUUCGCAGCGUCAGGCCACAAAGGACGCUGGGGCUAUUUCCGGCUUGAACGUGCUGCGUAUCAUCAACGAACCGACGGCUGCGGCUAUCGCUUACGGUUUAGACAAGAAGGGAGCUGGUGAAAGAAAUGUUCUGAUUUUCGACUUGGGUGGCGGUACCUUUGAUGUGUCCGUUUUGACCAUCGAAGAUGGUAUUUUCGAGGUGAAGUCCACCGCUGGUGACACCCAUUUGGGAGGUGAGGAUUUCGACAACCGUAUGGUGAGUCAUUUCGUAGAGGAGUUCAAGAGGAAGCACAAAAAGGACCUUUCGAGCAACAAGCGUGCGUUGCGACGUCUGCGUACGGCUUGUGAGCGAGCCAAACGUACUCUGUCUGCUUCUACUCAAGCCAGCAUUGAAAUAGAUUCACUGUUUGAGGGUAUUGAUUUCUACACCUCGAUUACACGUGCCCGUUUCGAGGAGUUGAACUCUGAUCUGUUCCGUGACACCAUGGAACCGGUGGCGAAGGCUCUUCGUGAUGCCAAGAUGGAUAAGGGUGGCAUUCACGAUAUCGUGUUGGUUGGUGGUUCAACUCGUAUCCCAAAAGUCCAGAAACUGUUGCAAGAUUUCUUUAAUGGCAAAGAGCUGAACAAAUCGAUCAACCCUGAUGAAGCUGUUGCUUACGGAGCGGCUGUACAGGCUGCCAUUCUGCAGGGUGAUACAUCCGAGGCCGUCCAGGACUUGCUGCUUCUCGACGUUACUCCAUUGUCCCUUGGUAUUGAAACUGCAGGAGGUGUUAUGACUGUUCUUAUCAAGCGUAACACCACUAUCCCUACCAAGCAAACCCAGACGUUCACUACGUACUCAGAUAACCAACCUGGGGUUUUGAUUCAAGUCUUUGAGGGUGAACGGGCCAUGACCAAAGACAACAACUUGUUGGGCAAGUUUGAGCUGAGUGGAAUUCCACCGGCACCAAGAGGAGUUCCUCAAAUUGAAGUUACAUUCGACAUCGAUGCUAACGGUAUCAUGAACGUAUCUGCCAUCGAGAAGUCGACCAACAAGGAGAAUCGAAUCACCAUCACCAACGACAAGGGACGACUCAGCAAGGAGGACAUCGAUAGGAUGGUCAACGAAGCCGAGAAAUUCCGCAAUGAAGAUGAAAAGCAACGGGAAAAGAUUUCUGCCAAGAAUUCGCUUGAGUCUUACUGCUUCAACAUGAAGUCCACCAUGGAAGAUGCUAACGUUAAAGACAAAAUUCCGGAAUCUGACAAGACGUUGAUUAUGGACAAGUGCAACGAUACCAUUGCUUGGCUGGAUGGUAACCAGACUGCGGAAAAGGAAGAGUUUGAACACAAGCAGAAGGAGCUGGAAGCCGUUUGCAAUCCAAUCAUUCAGAAGUUGUACCAGGGAGCGGGUGGAAUGCCAGGAGGAAUGCCCGGAGGCAUGCCAGGAGCUGGAGCUCCGCCACCAACCGGAAGUGCAGGACCAACCAUCGAGGAAGUUGAUUAAACCUGGUUUUUCGGAAGGGAUAGUUCUCUAAAUUAUUUCAAUAAAUGACCAGUGAUUUACUGAA